AUGCGCACGCGAUGUUGGAGCUUACACAUGUUCCACCCCCGUCGAGCGUGGAUCAUGCUGGUCUACGCGAUUAUCUUGUCGCUUUGGCUGACGGUGGCGCAUGGUAUGCGUGAUCAACAGAUCAAGGAGUUGAGGCAAGAAACUGAGCGCAUGUUCUAUCAUGGAUAUGAGAAUUAUCUCGAGCAUGCUUUCCCCGAAGACGAAUUACGACCGUUGACCUGCGGCCCUUUGACGCGCGAUAACAAGAAUGCCGAACAUAACGAUGUCCUGGGGAAUUAUACGUUGACCCUGAUCGACAGCCUGUCGACGCUGGCUAUUCUCUCCUCUAGCCCCGAGGGCGGCGAUCGGGCAUUGCGGAGCUUUCAGGAUGGGAUAAAGGAGUUUGUGAGAUUAUAUGGAGAUGGCUCGAGUGGUCCUGCAGGUCAGGGCGAGCGAGCCAGAGGAUUCGACAUCGAUAGCAAGGUGCAGGUCUUUGAAACGGUCAUCCGUGGUUUGGGCGGGCUGCUCAGUUCCCAUCUUUUUGCGAUUGGCGAGUUGCCCAUUACUGGAUACAAUCCGCCAGAACCAGAGGCGGCAUACGCAAGUGCUUGGGAUAAGGGAGAGUUCUCUGAGAAUGACCAUGGCAUUGUCUGGGACAAUGAUUUUGUCUAUGACGGCCAAUUUCUUCGACUGGCUGUCGACCUGACGCAUCGUCUCUUACCUGCAUUUUAUUCGGGGACGGGACUCCCCUACCCACGAGUCAACCUGCGACAUGGGAUCCCCUUCUAUGGCAACUCGCCGUUGAACACCAAGAGCAGCGCCGACAAGGACCAGAAGCCCAAAUAUGCGUACAUCAAGGCCGAGGAGGACAUCACGGAAACGUGUAGUGCUGGCGCAGGUAGCCUGGUCCUGGAGUUCACUGUGCUGAGCAGAUUGACCGGAGACGGUCGGUAUGAGGAGCUGGCCAAGCGGGCCUUUUGGGCCGUCUGGUCGUAUCGCAGCGAAAUUGGCCUCAUUGGAUUCGGAAUUGAUGCAGAGUCGGGUAAAUGGGUUGGACCAUACUCGGGGAUUGGCGCCGGCAUUGAUAGCUUUUUCGAGUAUGCCUUCAAAUCCCACGUUCUCCUGUCGCAGGGAGAACGGCCGCCAUUUGAUCGAAGCAACCCUUGGUCCAUUCUGGAUGACUAUUACCUGCCAUUGACCGAAGAACAGCAUUCUGCCGACGCCUUUCUCCAGGUCUGGGAGGACUCGCAUAACGCGAUCAAUCGCCAUCUCUAUCGUGGUGAGGGGUACCAACACCCGCAUCUAGUAGUUGGUGAUGUGACAACCGGGGCGACACGAGCCUUUUGGAUUGAUAGCUUGAGUGCCUACUAUCCGGGCCUGUUGGCCUUGGAUGGCAAGAUUGAUGAGGCGAUCCAAAUUCAUCUCCUGACUACGGCCGUGUGGACACGGUACUCGGCUCUCCCUGAGCGUUGGAACGUAGCCACUGGUGAUAUCGAAGGCGGCUUAGGCUGGUAUGGCGGUCGACCUGAAUUCAUCGAGUCUACAUACUACAUCUACCAGGCGACUGAAGACCCGUGGUACCUGCAUGUCGGUGAAAUGGUCCUGCGUGACCUUAAGCGGCGAUGCUGGACCCAAUGCGGCUGGGCGGGUCUGAGAGAUGUCAAAACUGGCGAGAUGAUCGAUCGCAUGGAAAGCUUCUUCCUGGGUGAGACUGCCAAGUACAUGUUUCUGCUUUUCACGCCCGAUCACCCCCUCAACAAACUUGAUGCGCCCUGGGUCUUCACCACCGAGGGUCACCCUCUCGUCAUCCCCAAGAGAGCCUCGUCCGGGUCACGGCGUCGACCAAACGGACACCUCGGCCACGAGCGCCAGGCCGUAAUUGCCACGGAUAAAGAUUCCAACACAUGUCAGGCGCCGCCACUCUCGUCAACGUUCGGCGUGUCGUUCACUGCCUCACGCUCGGAUCUCUUUCAUGCCGCUAGCUUGGCACGAUUACACCUUCGGCCUCGUCGCGGAGCAGGCGAGGGUCCCAUCCUGCAGGAUUCGCCGAAUCAGCCAGGUGUCUCACGCGCCCAUGGCGAUCCGUCCGACGAUGGAUAUCUCUUUCCCGUCUCUGCCCGGGGUGUCAACCUCGGCGCCAACGCUCUAGAGCGCGUCCGGGACGGUGUCUUUGUGAAAUCCAUCGGUGGCCUUCGACUUAGCAUGGUCCAGGAUGUUCCUCUCACUGGAGCCGGAGGAGCAUCUGAUGUUGAAGCCGGAUACCGCGUGCAAGUAAUCAACAACGUACCCCUGGGCAAGGAUGAGAAGGUAUACAUCUCACGUCAGAUCACAUUUGAUGUCGUUGAUCCGUACGAUCCGAACUUCACCCGGGUUCGCGACAGCGCCAUGCUUGACCUCGUCAUUGACGUUCUUGCAGACUCCUCUCGCCGUCGCAAUGGCUCAACUGCUUCAGGAUCUAGCCAACCUCCAGCAAAACAAUCAGCCACGCCAGCAGCACACGACCGUAUUCCACGGAGUCGAGCUGCCGUCAACCCAAGUGAAAGUGGAGCCCUUCACGCUGCAGACUCACCCAUGAAGACGAUCCUGUCAAGCCUGUUGAAUACGGUUUCGUCGUUGAUCAGAGACGAGACGGACGAUGUGGCUCCACUCAGACUCAGUCUUCCGGCGACCAUUCCCACGGGGAUCGGCGCGGCACCGCUGCCCGAGGUUGAAGACGCAAUGACCAUCUCGCACCGCGGCAACCCGUCAACUGCCCGAUUGACAUGGUCGAAUAUAUACUUCGCCGGGGAAUUAUGUACAGAGCGUAUUCUUCGCGACAUUGCACAAACACAUGAAGUAUUGGUGAUCAAGCGCGGAGGUUGCACUUUUUCUCAGAAAUUACGCAACAUCGCCGCAUUUCGCCCCGGUCGAUCGUCUCUGAAACUGGUGGUCAUUGUUUCGUACGACGAGCCGGAAUCUACCACCACACAUCCGUCUCACGUCAAACCGGCCGAGCCCAGCCUUACAGAGGCAGAGGCAGACUCAAAUUCAGACUCCGAGUCGCGCGUCCUCCCAUCCGUCCCUCUUGCAGCGCAACGUGCCGAAAGCGCCCUGAUCCGUCCCCAUCUGGAUGAGGCCCAGAUGACGGCCAGUGGUAUCCCCCGCAGUCAUCUUCUGAGUAUGGUGAUGGUCGGCGGUGGCGAGGAGACGUAUGCGCUGCUGCAGGUGGCAUCGGGGGUGGGCAUCAGGAGGCGGUAUAGCAUGCGUUCACGGGGUGUGCCCAUCACGAAUGUGCAGAUCAUUUGA